AUGUAUGAAUACUGUUCCGUUACAAUCAAGAAAUACUCAAAGUACACAAUUCCUUCCCUCGCCCCAAAUGGGUUUUACUCAAUGCUUGAACCUCCUCAGAUAGACAAAUGGCAACACCUUUCCACUAAUUGUACUCUUCAAUUUCGGGUCCUAUUGAUGGACUUGGGACAAGUUGUUAUUCAUAUUGUUCUCAAUAACUCAACUCUACUAGAAAACAUUAAGCUGCCGCUUGGAAAUAACCAAGAUAUGAUACAAUUUUCAUGUAAAUGCCCUAUAAUCUCUUGCAAAUAUAUCUCCGAGGAAUUUGGGCCAAAAAUGUUGAGAAGAUUUCAAAUCAAUCUACCAAAUGAAAUUGACUUCAACAAAACUAUUGUUUCUUUAAAAAAUCUCAAUUUUAUUCUAAGAACAGCUAAGACUUCAAUAGCUCGGAACAUGAUAACAAACCAGGUAUUGGACAUAAAAAACAGUAAAAAGGCUGAUUUCACUGAAAGUACAAAUGUCAGUGGAUAUAAAAAUUCUAACGCACAAUUUCAAACACAAAAUAUGAUUAUGGAUUUUAGCCAACGUUAUCAGGAAGAACCUGAAAGAGAGGCAAGUAUUCACCCCAAUAACAUUUUGACUCACAAAAACUUCCCCAUUGCUCAACCAAGCUGGCCAAAAACGGAUUUAAGUGCGGGGCAUUCUUCACAAGAUCUUAACACUCCAUUGACUACACAGGCUGUAUCAAGUUGGCCAGAGCCACUAAAUGUACAGCUACCGGAAGCUUCCCAAAUCCUACCAAAGAUUACUGGCUGUUUCCCCAACAUAGUAAACCAAAAAAAAAAUAUCGAUCCCAUUGUUGAUCUAGCUAGUUCAAGAAAAAACAUUUCUGAGCGUGCUACUACCUUAUUAGACGUUCAUACACCAAAGGAACAAACAGAAAAGGAUGUGCAAGUUCAAAGUUCCACUGUUUUAGCUACAACUCCACCAAAAAUAUGUGGCCUAGACAAGGAAAAUCCAACAGCGCAAAAUGCCAAUAUUAUGACAAAAGUGGACAAUAAGCUAGACGGUUCUCAAAGAUCAAAAAAUGCAAAUACACCUUGCAGAAAUGAAGAACCGAUACUAAAUGGUUUAUUUAACGGAACAAAGGAAAAAACUUAUCUUGACGAGGGAACAUCGCUGAGCGUCAAAAAUGUCAACAUGAAUGCGUCAAGAAAAAUAUCUAAGCGGCUAAUUAAGAAAAAGUUGAAGGACGAAGACUUCAUUAAAUGGGUUAAUAAGGUCGAAACGGUUCUCAGUAAAAUGUUUGAAAAGUGA